AUGGCGGAGUUUUUAACUCAUGAUUACAUCCCAGCUGGCUGUCUGCUCAUUGACAGAGAUCAGCAUCCCUUGCUGUCAAGAACGCCGGACCUUAUUAACGACCAACAAUGGUACUUCUUUACCAGGAAAUCCGAUAACUUGGCGGUAGCCCUACGCUUGCCAACGGAACUCCAGAAUAUCCUCCUUGGAACUCCUACGCUAGUGUCAUUCACCACGCUAUGGGCACAAGGAUGGAUUCAACUAGCAUACGCCACACAUCCAGUGUCAAUCAGCCCACAGUGUCACGGAAGGGUUCGCGUGUAUGUGCUUCCUCACGAUGUUAACAGGGGCACACACUCGCCACGAAGCGAGCUGACCAGAAUGAUGCCCACUCUCCUUCGCCAUUUGGAGUACUCCCAGGAAUGUUGGCAAGGAAAAAAUGUCUACCCGCCUCUAACCCACCCAACCCACACUGGACCUGGCAUGUCAAGCGGUUGUGAUAGCUCGCUUCUUACUUUAUUCAACAACAUCCCUUCCCCUGAUCCUCAUCCAGAGAAAGCAUCAGAUACCGACCUUCGGUGGGCAAUGCAAUGUCUCCUAGAGAGCCAUAUACCCGGCUUAGUUACGACUCUUUAUCCUUAUCAGGGCAGAUCAGCCGCACUCAUGCUUCAACGUGAGAUAGAGCCAGGUAGGGUCAUAGAUCCCCGGCUUCGUCCCGUACUUGACCAGUCGGGUCAACCCUGGUACUACGAUGAGGUGUCUGGCCUCGUCCUGAAGGAGCCAAGGUUUUACGACGGGGCUCGUGGCGGAAUUUUAGCUGAAGAAAUGGGCACUGGGAAAACACUGAUAUGUCUUGCCCUGAUUCUAAGCACAAAGUCUGAGCCGUCUAAGCCUCCAGACCCCUUCAUAGCUGAAACAUCUCCUCGCCAUCGUAUUGGGAGCUUGAUGGACAUGGCGGCAGCAGCAGCAAGGUAUGCAUCAAUAUCUGCCAUACCGUGGAAACCAUACUUUGAAGCUUGUGCUGCACAACUUGGCUACGAAUAUCGAAACUGUAUAGAAGCCCUAACAAGACCUGAGAACCGGGCUCUGUACAAAGUCAGGAAUACAAUGGUUGAACCCAGACGAAGCAAUCGGCUUGCACCCCGCGAGAUUCCGUCGAGAGAAGUAUUUCUAAGCCAUUUAACUCUUGUCAUUGUCCCCACCAAUCUCGUCAAGCAGUGGCAGAACGAAAUCAACAAACAUACGACGGGCUUGAGUGUUUUGGUGGUCGUGAAUCAAGAUCCAAUUCCUCCGGUGGCCGAUUUAUUACCCUACGACGUGAUACUCUUCUCUGAAUCUCGCUUCGAACGUAUCCACAAGGAGCGGUUAACCGGCGAAGGCCCGCUACUCAACAUUUACUGCCCGCUUGAAGAUAUCCGUUUUAAGCGAUGUAUCAUUGACGAAGGACAUAAACUUGGCAAUGGAAGUCGUGCUUGGAAGAAUGACGUGAUGAGGGUCGUUGAACGGCUUGAAAUUUCUUCUUAUUGGGUAGUCACCGGAACGCCAUCUCGUGGUUUGUAUGGUUUACAAUCUCAGAAUCAUACGGAAGUUUCUACCAACGCGAUUGCACAAAAACAAGAACAAGAGGAUCUUCAACGUAUUGGAAAUCUUGCAGCGAAGUAUCUCAAAGUUCGGCCCUGGGCCAAUGGAAAAAACGAGGCUGGCGAUAGUGUCGCCGACUGGGCUACAUACGUUAAAGGGCAUGACCGAAAGGACUGUCUGAUCAACACGCUCAAUUCGUUAGUUGUUCGUCAUCGCCUCAAUGAUGUGAACGCAUUACUACCCCCAGUUGAUGAGAAAGUUAUAGUGCUGGACGGGUCUUUCCAAGACCAGCUAUCCCUCAACCUUUUUUCUAUGAUGAUCAUAUUCAACUCGGUCCAAUCUCAAAGAACUGAUAUGGACUACUUUUUCCACGAGCGCCAGAGGAAGAGCUUAGCUCAGCUCGUAAAGAACUUGAGACAAGCGAGUUUCUUUGGCGGCGUAUUUUUUUCUGUGGAGGAUAUUGCCAAGGCCGUGACGACUGCUGAAGAGUUUUUAGAGAAAAAGGCAGUUCCUAUCAGCUCCCAAGAUGACAACCUCCUCUGUCAAGCUAUUGAAUUUGGCAAGAAAGCAGCCCAGAAUCGUCUCAAAGAUGUUAGCAACCGUUUUCAUUCAAUGCCAAUUUAUGUACAAGACUUUCCGGGUGGUAGGGGAAAAUCCUGGUCUUUGGACGAUGAAGAAAAUGAGGAAGGGCUUGUGUGUACUGACGCAGGGUUGAUACUUUCGCUUCAGAACUUUUUAAAUCCAUGUAUUGAUGCCCCGACUUCUCUUCAGCUUAUGAUAGAUAGGGGUAGCUUGGACCAACAAGGGAUGUGUGAGCGGUCACAAGCGCUAGCGGCGGCCUCUGAUGCUGGUGAAGGUAUAUCAAGUCGAACUACGCAAACAACCGCCGUACUAGCCGGUAACACACCACUUGGUGGCGAUUACCAUACGACACUCAAAUCAAAGAAAUUUGAAGACAUAACUGCUGGUGACCUUCAGCAACAUUUACAGGAAAGCGCUAACCCACCAGGUAACUUUGAAGUUGCGAAACCCCUUGCAAAAACACGAAUUAUUUCCACAGUUUCGGCAAAGCUGUCAUAUCUAAUUGAUCAAAUCAUUAAGCACCAAGACAACGAACAGAUCCUCAUUUUCUAUGACAAUGACAAUGUAGCUUUUUACCUUGCCAGUGUUCUUGAGAUUCUCCAAAUCCAGCAUUUGAUAUAUUCAAGAGUUGGCCUAAGCGCAGAGAGACGCGCACAAUAUGUUGCAACGUUCACGAACAGCCCCAACUUCCGUGUAUUAUUGAUGGAUAUUAGUCAAGCUGCAUUCGGUCUUGACAUGCGGAGUGCUUCGCGAAUAUACUUCAUAUCGCCGGUAUUAAACCCGCAAAUUGUGGCACAGGCGAUCGGAAGAGCUCGUCGGAUUAGCCAACAAAAGCCUGUUUCAGUCGAGACGUUGGUUCUGCGAAACAGUAUUGAGGAAAUCAUGAUGGACCGUCGAGAACACAUGACGCAGGCCGAACACACCAGGAUUAAAAACGUGUUGGACGAUAGGAAGAUCAAGGAAUGGAUUCGUAACCCCAAGAUCUAUCCCAUGGCUGAUGUACAGGACGGCUUAGCACAGACGGCCUUGUUGUCAUCACCACAGUAUGUGUUCGGUAGAGGCUUCGGACGAGCCUCCCUCGAUCCUGAUGAGGGACUGAUAACAACCAGCCCAGUGGCCGAGAUAACCACUACUAGCCCCACGAAAUAUCAAGAUGGCGACGCCGCUAUUCCGUUCCAAAUCAACAGGGGAAUUAAGCGGGCAUUAAGCCCCCAUCGAACUGAGUUUACAAAUACAAAACCUUCCAAUGGAGUGGCAGUCCCCGAGCGUCCCAUCAAAGUCCGCGCACGGGUUGCUUGGGUAGACCAAGAAGUGUAA